GGCGACACUGAACGCGUAGUGAUAAGUGAACAGUUUAUGAUCACGAGUUGUUUAUGGUGGUCGGUGGCAGUUUAUUUCUAUAAUAAGCACUACGCGGAAUAAAAGAAGUCACCGAAAAAUUAACAGGCACAAGGUUUGAUCUUCUGAAUUGAACAUGGACAGAGGUAAAUUAAUUAUUUGUAUGGUAUUCAUCUUUAGUCUGGGAACUGGCGGAGACAGUAGUGUGGAGGAUCAAAACUCGGAAGAAAAUAAAAAAUGUUUCACGCCAAAUGGUGACAUCGGCAAUUGCAUUAACAUAAAAAGAUGCCCAACACUGCUUUAUCUAUUAGAAUAUCGGAGAAACAAUUUUUCUAUUGCCACUUUUCUCAGAAACUCUAUGUGUGGAAAUGAUGAUAAUUUCCCUUACUACCCCAAGGUCUGCUGUUUGUUGGAGGAUGAAAUUUACGAAACAAUUUCGUCAAUCAAAUUGCCAUCUCAAGAUACUUGUGGACGGAGUAAUGUAAUUCGCAAUCGAAUUGCCGGAGGACGUUUGGCUGAAUUAGGUGAUUGGCCCUGGAUGGCAGCACUUGGGUAUGUAGAUAUUAGUAUGAUAAAUCCGGAAUAUGAGUGGAAUUGUGGUGGUUCCUUAAUAUCAGAUAGAUACGUAUUAACAGCUACCCACUGCACCGUCGGUCUUGGAAUGACUCGUUUGGUUAUUGUGCGUUUAGGCGAUUUGAACUUAAAUUCUAAUGAGGAAGAUGGAGCUAACCCAAUAGAUGUUGCAAUUUCACGUGUCAUAAGAAAUAACCAAUAUAAUUCUGAUAAAAAGAAAAAUGAUAUUGCAUUGUUAAAAUUAAAAAAGAGUGUUGAAUUCGGUCAAUUUAUUCAACCUAUAUGUUUACCCAUCUUAUCGCAUCAUAGAGCCACAUCGUUAGUUGAAUCUGAACUAUUUCUUGUCGGAUGGGGUUCUACAAUGAUAAAUCCACGUUCUGAUCCUCUAAUGGAAGUUCAGGUACCAGUGGUAGACAAUUCGGAAUGUAAACAAAUAUACAAUACAUAUAAAAUUAAUAUCGAUGAUACACAUUUGUGUGCUGGAAGAAAAGGAAAAAACGGUUGUAGUGGAGAUUCUGGAGGUCCAUUAAUGUGGCCAAAUGGUUCUCAAUUUUAUUUAGUGGGAAUUAUGAAUUUUGGAAAUUAUGAUUGCAAUACAACAAGUGUUCCACCUGUAUUUGCUAGGGUGACAUCAUAUCUCGAAUGGAUCGCAGAUAACAUGAAUUACAGUUAAAUUGUAUAAUUGGUGCUGUUUUAUAAGAAUUGUACAUAAGAACGAAAUGAAGAAUAAACAACUCUAUGCAAUUGGUUUAUCUACUUACUAUUACAAAAAAAUUAUAAAUACUCAGAUAACUACUUAAGUAAUAAAAAAUGAUUUAUAUCUUAUGUCCAAUAUUUUGAGGUACAAUAAUGUCUAUAUAUAUUUAACUUUAAAUUUAAGUAAUUAGAAUACUAAGUUAGUAUUAUUAGUUAUAGAAUAUUCAUAAUAAUAUGUAUAUUAAAUUAUUAGAUGGAAAAUCAACAUAUUAUGAUAUAAAUUUCAAGUGUCUACAGUUAUUCGUUUUUGAAUUACAGCAAAAUAAGAAAAAUGCUACAUGAGAAAUCGAGUGAAUAUAUCCAACUUCAAACGUUCAUAAAAAUUUAAUUUGACUUUGAGGUAGACAUUUUUUUUUCGAAAAAGGUAGGCAUACUUAUUUGGAAUCUUAGAUUUUCUUGCCACAAACGGUGAUGACAGACACAAAAAAAAAUAAUUAAAAAAAAAAAAACACAUCAUUGUAAAAUUAAUACAUUCAUCGCUCUGCUCAGAAUCUAAAUACACUUUCUUAUGAGUGAAUUAUUUUUAAGAUUUAAUUAAUUAUAUACUAUUUUAUGGUACAUAAAAUUAAAAAAUAACGUGGCGUUUAAAAUGUUCUCAUAUAAAUUACUCGAACGAGCAUUUUACUAUUAAACAUAUUUCGUUCUAUACUAUUAAAAAAAAUAUAUAUUGUAUGAAAGAAAAACAAUUAUUAUUAACUUUAUUAUUCUUGUUU